CCUUCUCUCCUCCCAUGUAAGCAGCAAGAGGAAGAGUCACACACUUGAGUGUUCGAUUGCGCGGUCAGUCACACACAGGUACACAGGAUACUGAGUUUGGGUGAGAGACGACGAGAGAGAGAGAGAGAGAGAGAGAGAGAGAGAGAGGACAAGAGAGAGAGGACAGCCACUGGUUGCUCACUCACACUCAAGCUUUCAAGGAAGGCACUGACAGCCUGCCUUAUGUGUGGCUCCUCUCAAGGCUUCACAGCCUCCUCGCAGUACGCCACAGCCAUGUUAACAUCAGAAAGUUCCCCGCACAACACAAGGGCCAUCGCAGCCGCAAUGCCAGAAACACAGGACGCAGACAUAACUUCAUGGAGCGAGGCAAACUUUGAGGAAAAGUGCACGUAUAUCGUGAAGGACCAACUUCUGGAGGAAGGGUCCGAAAACAACUGCAAGACACGAGCCGAGAGAUCUUUACCCAGAAACCUGGCCCUCAAACGCUGCCAUGGCCCAUCAGAGGUGCUUGGGGUGACCAGUAAGGAGCUGAUUCCUAAGGGAACACGUUUUGGCCCUCUGGUGGGGGAAAGCUACACCAACGAAACGCUUCUGAACGACGCUGACAGGAAGUACUUCUGGAGGGUCUUCUCAGAGGGGCAUUUACACCACAUCCUGGAUGGUUUGAACGAAGAACGAAGCAACUGGAUGCGUUAUGUCAACCCGGCUUGUACUGUGGAGGAACAGAACCUGGUUGCAUGUCAGAGCAGGUUAAACAUCUACUUCUACACCAUCAAACCACUUCAGCCGGGCCAGGAGCUCCUGGUGUGGUACUGCCCUGAAUUCGCCCAGCGCUGUAACUACCCUCCACUGGGCCAACUGGCUAUUGACAAUAUUGAACAGAGUCAAGCUCAGGAGAAGACAUCAGGGAAACGAGGACACAGCGUCUCUGAAAUCCUCCGAGAUGAGCCUUCCAAAUCGCUGCCUACCCCCCACAGGCGUCUGGAUCGUCCCUUGUCCCAGACCAACUUCUCAAGAGGUUUCCCCCUGUGUCCACGUGUUGUCUACCCAAUCCAGCACCACUCAGAAUCCAUCCAUAGCCACAGAUAUGCAACUCUACGACCUCUGCCAUCCUGUAGCCCUCCAGGUGCCAAACGACCAGCUCUAAGUGGUCCUUCCAGUUUGCACUUCUCCCUUCACCACAGUCAAGGCCCUGUUAUAGCCAAACCUUACCAAGAGCUCUCUGUGCCUGAUCAAGUCCAUCCCGCUCUGAGGCAUUCUCACUAUCUACUGCCUCACUACUCACUCGGCCUUAACAGCAUUCUACCUCAUUCAUACCCAUUCUUCAGGGAUCGAAUGAAACCUCACGUAACACUCUCAUCUCAUUCACUGCCUUUUGACGCCUAUGCACAUUUCAUGCAUCCUCUGGCCAAUGGACACAAAGACUUGACACUUGCGCUAUCCAACACCAAACAAGACCUCAUUCAUUCACCAACCAGCGAGCACAGAGACAACAAGGACCUCAUACCAGAAAGGACAAACUACCUCAGGAGCCCCUCGGAUGACCUGGGAGAUUUCAAACGCUCUCCUUCCACCAAUGUCCACACAGACCUCACUAUACCUGCCACAUGUAGUGCCUCAUCCAUGGUCACCUCACUCCGCAGAGCACUGCCCUGUCUUGCGCCUGGAGGAUGCUCACCACCAGUGGGAAUGGCUGCCUUUUCAGAUUGCCUCCCUUCCAAACCCACAUCUGCCACUCAUAGCAAAACUGAGGAUGCAAUGGACCUCAGGAAGAUUAAACGAGGUGGUCAUAUUAUUGGCUACAAGACCCUGUCGUACCCCCUCACCAGGCAGAAUGGAAAGAUCCGUUAUGAUUGCAAUGUCUGUGGAAAGGUCUUUGGGCAGCUGUCCAAUCUCAAGGUCCAUCUGCGAGUGCACAGCGGAGAGCGUCCCUUCAGGUGUCAGACCUGCAAUAAGAACUUCACUCAGCUGGCCCACCUGCAGAAACACUACCUGGUUCACACUGGAGAGAAGCCUCAUGAAUGCAAGGUGUGCCAUAAGCGAUUCAGUAGCACUAGUAACUUGAAGACCCACCAGCGGCUACACUCAGGUGAGAGGCCUUACCUGUGCAAGCUCUGCCCAGCCCGCUUUACUCAAUUCGUACACCUCAAGCUUCACAAACGCCUCCACACUGGAGAGCGACCUCACAGGUGUCCUUGCUGCCCCUGUGCCUAUCUCCACUACUGUAGCCUCCAGGUGCACCUCCAAGGCUUCUGCCCUCUCUCCCCCUCGGCCUCCCGCAGACACUCGCCAGAGGAGCUACGCCGAGUCAACGCGGAGAUUGAGAGGUUCGACAUGAGCGAGGCGGCCGAGCAGCUCGAGGCCAUGGCCGCAGAUGCCGAGAUGGACAAGGGGAAUGUUUUUAACCUAAUAAAGAAGAUGGAGACUCACACCUCUGGACACCACGACGGCGAAGAUGAGGAGACUGAGCUGAGCAUCUACAAAUCAGCAAAGGAGUGUUCUGCUGUUCAGCUGCAUCAUGGCAGCCCUAUACCUCUGCAUUCAACCAGUAUCAAGCUGGAGUCAGGCUGCAUAUCAGAGCCCUAAAACAGCCUUGCUAAUCCAGCCCCAUAAUCCUUACAGGUCAGCUCAGCAGCUGUCUGUUACUGCCCUAUUUGAAGUAAAGCCUUAUCUCAAUCAUGGAUUGCCUAGCCUAUACUCUACAUAGGCUGUAGUGUGCGAAUAAUCAAGACUUUACCAGCAUGGAGACAGUGUCUUGGUUGAUUCAUACAUCUUUGUUAAUUUAUUCGGUUGUUGACAUUAAUCUAAAAUGUAUGAAACUGUGAUUUUUGUGACAUUUUUUGUUUUCUAUUUUUUGUAUCUCUGGAACAUCUUCACGGAACAAUGACUAAACAUUUGCAUAAACAAAGUUUGUGGUUCA